AUGGCCUCUACAUACGCUUUGAUCGCUUUUGCUUUUCUGGCUAUGACAAAUGUGGUGUUUGCUCAGAAUAGUACAGAAAAACCCCAGCAACCGAAAAAGGAGUUCCCUCUUGUCUGGGUUUGUCUGGGGGUUACUGUUGUCGGCAUUGGGAUCGCGUUGUACGUUGCCUACCGCCGUCCCGAUGAGCUUCAUCUUCCUGGCUCCACAGUGAUGGUCAGCAAAGAGUCUGAGGAGAUGAAAAAAAUUAACGAGCCCACCACGAAGGACAAACUGGAGGAAGGCCUUGAGCAAAUCUAG